AUGGCUCGAGAGGAGCUGAUCACGUCGGCGGUUACUUUCCUCCAGGAUCCCUCUGUCUCGUCCGCGCCUCUGGAGAAGAAAGUUGCAUUCCUGCAGUCCAAAAACCUGACGCAGGAAGAGAUUGAUAUAGCCCUAACUAGAAGCGGUUCUUCUAGCCCAUCUACACCUGCGUCAGAGCAACAGAGCCGUGCAGUUGUUCCGUCACCGCCGCCAUACCGGGCUCCCCCAAACCAGAGCUAUGGAUAUGGACAGGCUGGUCAAUGGGGUUACGCAACUCCGCCAGAGCUCCCAAGGCGUGAUUGGAGGGAUUGGUUUAUCAUGGCAACGGUAAUGGGUGGUGUUGGUUAUGGCCUCUAUUUUGUUGCAAAGCGUUACAUCUCACCUUUAAUCGCACCUCCCACCGCACCACAGCUUCAACAAGACAAGGAAAGUGUGGAUGAGCAAUUUUCUCGUGCAUUUUCUCUCCUAGACCAACUUUCCGCAGAUACCGCCGCCCUCAAAGCCGCCGAAGAAGCCCGAACAACUCGACUUGAUACUGCACUCCGUGACGUGGAGGAAGUCGUUCAAGAGCUCAAAGUUUCCUCACGGAGACGUGACGAUGAAACUAGGCGCAUUAGUGAAGAAGUAAGGAGCUUGAAGGAUGGCAUUCCAAAAGCCAUUGACGGAGCUCGUGAAGGGAACGAGAAACGGCUAAGGGAGCUCAACUCAGAGCUAAGGAGCCUGAAGGUUCUCUUGACAAAUAGACUUGGUUCUGGUGCAUCGACCCCAACGCCUAACGCUGCUACCACUACUGUCACUACUCGGCCAGAUGUAAAUGGCGCUGCUUCUGCUACUCAACAAACCCCUUCACCUGCUACGCCAAGUCUUGCGGGAGCCUCUAUAUCAGCCUCAACUCCAGCUCCACGAGAGCGCUCUGGCAGCCCGUUUUCUCAGCUCGGGAAACCAGCAAGCAUCCCAGCAUGGCAGAUGGCUGCUGCUAACAAAGCCAAGAGCACUACAGCCUCUCCUUCGGUUGAAGAUGCAGGCGAAGAGGCCGAAAAGGCUGAAAGCAACCAGCAGUCUGCAUCUACUGCCAGUUAA